CUCCCCAGGCCCAUAUGAAAAGCUGAGCGCGCAUCGCGAUAUCGAUAGCGAUAUUUGUCCAGCUUGGAAAUCACUUCCGCACCUUGCGAAGCCCUUUUCCUUUGCUGAUGUUGUGUUGAUUUCCGUCGAGUUAUUUUCAUAAUUAGUUCAAUAAUGGCAGGUUCCGACGCUGUGUGGGCAGCCCAAAAUGGAGAAGUUAGCAAAUUGAGGGAAUUGCAGUUUGAUGCAAAGGACAAGAUCAAGGGAAGGACGUUGCUUCAUAUAGCAGCAGAUUUCGGCCAACAUGAAGUGAUUGAGUACUUGGUAGAGCAAAAGCAAGCAGAUGUCAAUUCAAUAGAUUCAAAUGGAUUCUCAGUCUUGCUAACAGCAAUUUAUGGUGACGAAGGGCAAGAUCGUUACAAGAAGUGUGUAAGGUACCUCUUGUCAAAGGGUGCAGAUAAGAGCGGUAAGGCUCCGAAUGGUUCAACAUACAUAGAAUGCGCAAAUGAUGAAGAAAUGAGACAACUUCUGAAGUGAGAACCUAUCCAAAGAUCCCUUAUGUCUCUUAGGCCCUUAUUGCGUAGACCCGGUCACAUCUUUCAGUACAACAGAAGAGAGUGUAAACCUAAAUGUGAUUAGCGAUCGACCCCUAGCCCUGAUAGAGAGGGAAGUAUCGUAGAAGUGAUUUUGUCUCUUAUGCCAUUUUUUCCUCAGACAGGGUCAUAAUGUUGUAGGGAUAUGACGUGACAGCCCUUACUGUAGUUUUUAUGAGAAUGUUGAUUUAUUUCUUGAAUGUAUUACACGCACUGUAGUCCCACAUAGUCUUUUAUUUGAUGGAAGUCAUAUUUGUUCAUCAAGGUCAGAACACUGUGUCAUGAAAGUUGUCAGCACUGAUGAUGUCAUUGAAAUCCUUGGCUUUGAUUGGCUGAUCUCUCACUAUUACCAUAGUAACAGUGAGAUAAUGACAACAUGUCAGUGCUGACAAGCCUUCUUGAGACAGGGCCUUGGUAAUAAGGGGCCUGUUUCAUAAAACUUGUUAAAGUAACAAAUUUGCAGUAACAGUUAAAAGCUACUGAAUUCCUCCAAUCUGAUUGGCCGACAGUAAAAUUGUUAUGAAAAAGUGUUCAUUUGUUAUUAUAACAAGUCUUUAUGAAAGAGGACCCUGAAAGUGAACAUCAGUCCUUGUUCUCACUCUUGUCAUAAAAUUAAUAUUCCUGCUUUGUAAAUGUCUCACAAGAUGCAUAAGUUCUUUUUCAACCAAAAAAAAAAGAGACAAGAAAUGCAUUGUUUUUCAACUAACCGCAUGUAUGUAUUGCUGUAAAAGUUAGAUAAUGAUAUCCACAAUUUUUACAUCUCUGAAAAUGUGUUAUCAAAAUUUUUGUAUUUCAAAAUCAUGUUUGAAAAUUGAUAUUAUGCUUACGGUAUUUGCAUAUCUAAUACAUUGAUUAAUAGUACAGUAAUUGAAAAAAAUAAUAUUUUUAUAAAAGAAAGAAAUGAAAAAAGAUAUGUCAUUGUUUGUUUUCGUACAUGAAAUUUUCAUUUGAAUGAAACUGGCAUUGUAAUGCUAAUUUUGUGUUUGAUUUUGCUUUAAUACUGAAUAUGUGAGUGGUUAUUAGAAAUAGAGGAAAACAUAUAAAUACUAGGUGAUAUACCAGUAAAUCAAAGAUUUUUAUUUUUGGAUGUGAUUAGGAAGUGUAUAAUUUGGAAUGAAAUUUGAGUGUUAGAUUAUUUAAAAUUUGAAUGUCAUGAACAAACCCGAAAGAUAAUGUUUUUUCUUCAUUAUUUCAUUUUGGAUAUUCGUUGUGAUAUCACUCAUGUGGAUUGAGUUAGCUUGUUUGUGAUAUGCGUCGGGCUUUUUUGCCUGUUCUGUUAUUUUAGAUAAUUAUCUCAUCAUCUUAAAGGGGUUACUCCAUGCAUAAAAUUAUUUAAUUUGAACAGAUAAAUUAAAAUCAGACCGAAAAGAAGACAAUUUCAUCAAAAUCGGACAAGGAAAAACCAAAUGAAGACAUUUAAAAGUUUUGCAUUAUUUUAUGGAAAAAUAUCUAUGAUGCAUGUCUUCAUGAAAAUGCAUUGGAAGAGCUGAUGAUGUCAUCUACCCACUUAUUCUGUUGUAUAUCAUUACAUGAAAUUAUAUAUCCAACCAGUGCUGCAAUUUAUGAUUUCUUUUAGAGACAUGUUAUACAUGUAUGAAAAUAUGAAUAAUUAUGAUUUCAUGUAAUAGGAUAAGACAAAAGGAAAUUGGGGACAUGACAUCAUCAGCCCACUUAUUGCAUAUUCAUGACGGCAUGCACAACCGUUUCCAAAAAAUAUUGAUAAACUUUAGAUUUAUUCGAUUCUGAUGAAAUUUUUAAUAUACUGCUUUAUUUAGUGUUUGUGUACUUCCUGGGGUGUGAGACUUCAGCUAUUUAGCAGAUAUUUCUUUUUAAUUUUCAGUUUGAUUUCAGCUUAUUUUAGCUUUCUUCUGGAGAUAGUAUGGGAUGUCUUCUAAUUUCAGCCCAUUUAAACUCUCAUUUUUUCCUGCUCUUUUUAUGUAUGAACACUCACACCCCUAAUUUAUUUAGAAAGAAAAAGAAUUGUAGUCAUAUUGAACCAUAAAAAUUGAAAUUUAUGCAUUUUCAUUAUCAUUACAUAAUAUAUGGGGCAGCUGCUCGUAAAUGACGUCACAAAUCAAAAACUAAAAAUUUUAUUAACUUUCUUAAUCUUUACUGGAAUUUCCUCAAACCUUCAUCAUUAUCUUUUAUUAUUUUUUUUAAUUGUAUUUUCACAACAUUUUCCCCGUAACUACACUAAUCUGAAUGUAUUGGAUUUCAAGCUUUUGCCCUCUUUUACCUGUUCUUCACUUACAACCAAAUUGUCACUUCAGUUAUGUAUUUACAUGUAGAUAUAUCCUACAAGAUCAUUUAGAUACACACUCUUGGACAUGCAUGUAUUUUACUAUGGUAUUGUAGUAUGAAUGUAGGAUUUCUUUUUGUCAUUAUUUGCUUUUAUAGACGUAUUAUAUCAGCAGUUACAAGUAUUUCUUAAUACAAUAUUUUAGUUAAUUGGGCAAUAUUUUACUAUAAAUCAUGUAUUGUACAUUUGUAUGUUAAAUUGGCUUUCCAUAUUGGGGAAAAGAGGACAUUUUGGUGAAAAAAUAUUUCAAAUAUGUUAUGUAUAGAGUCAUGUUGGUGUAGCUCUAAUGUACAACAUUUUAAAUACCAAUAGCAAGCCAAUCACCAUGUACAUAAUCCCCCCCCUGAAAAAGUCAUAAGCCAGUCAAACUACAGCUUGUCAUAUAUCUAGGGGACGUUUCAUAAAGCUGUUCGAAAGUUAUGAAUGACUUUAAGAACGACUGGUGAACCUUUCUUACGUGCAAAAUAAUCGCCAAUGAACAUCUAAUGGUGAAAAUCAUUUACCACAAGAAAGGAUCACCAGUCGUUCUUAGAGUCAUUCUAAACUUACGAACAGCUUUAUGAAACGUCCUCCUGAACCACUGGUUGUUCCUUUGACUACAUCGGUUCCACUCAGUGUUGCCAGGUUGAAAAUGCCAAGUUUUCAUACCACUAUCUGUUUGUGUACCACCAAAAAAUAUAAAGAAAAGAGUGGUUUUUCAGUGUUAGAUGGUCCUCCAUGUAGAUUAUUAAAGGACAAGUCCACCCCAACAAAAAUUUGAUUUGAAUAAAUAGAGAAAAAUCAAACUAGCAUAACGCUGAAAAUUUCAUCAAAAUCGGAUGUAAAAUAAGAAAGUUAUGACAUUUUAAAGUUUCGCUUAUUUUCACAUAACAGUUAUAUGCACAACUCAGUGAUGUGCAAAUGAGACAGUCGAUGAUGUUCCUCACUCACUAUUUCUUUUGUUUUUUAUUGUUUGAAUUAUACAAUAUUUCAUUUUUUACAAAUUCAAGGACCAACUUGACUGAACCACAUAGCAUUAAACAAGGCUAAUUCCACAUGUUCAUGGAUGAAUUAAACGAUGUUUCACCUGACAAUGAGAAAAUUAGAAUAUUUCGUAUUUCAUAUAAUAAAAUACAAAAGAAAUAGUGAGUGGAUGACGUCAUCAGUCUCCUCAUUUACAUAUCGACCAGGAUGUGCACAUAAGUGUUUUGUGGAAAUUUGCGAAACUUUAAAAUGUCAUAACUUUCUUAUUUUACAUCCGAUUUUGAUGAAAUUUUCAGUGUUAUGCUUGUUGGAUUUUUCUCUUUUUAUUCAAAUCAACUUUUGUUUGGGUGGGCUUGUCCUUUAAAUGUUAAGCACAUUUCAGUGGAUAUCUAACUAUCAUUGGAGUAGUGUUAUGUAAUAGAUCCUCAGUUCAAAGCGGCACAAAUUUAUUCUCAUCAUUAACAGCUGUCGUAUUUACCAAACUGUUAUCGUCAGUAUACAUGUACUUUUAUUCUGCAAAUGACGCAUAACAUAGAAAACUUGCACGAUUCUACAGAACACACAGUAAAAGAAAUUAACACUUUAAAUGCCUGGGACAAAGAUGUUCACUGUUAGAAGUUUAACAUGCUGAUUUGUAUACAAGUAUUGCCAUUUUUGUAGCACAUUCUGUAUAAGCCUUUCAUUUGUGUAAAUUACUGUUUAUAUUAUUAUAUUUAGAAAUCAUGGAUUACUGAUUUAAUAAACAAAGGAGGAAGGCAUGAUGUAGUCUUAUUCUGAUGCCCAGCAGUAUGUUAUGAAUAAAAAUUGUAAUAAAAAAUUAUCAAAUAAUAA